CUGUGGUGUGCUGGAUUGAUGUGCUGGCAUCCAGGACGGAGAAAGUGAGACCCUGAUUGAUGAGGUGGAGGACAUGAGUGGAAGAGCUGAUGUGACUCUGGACCCAGACACCGCCAAUGCCUUCCUCAUUCUGGCCAGUGACCAGCGAGGGGUUGGACGGGGGGAUGAGUGGACCUUGCUGCCAAACAACCCGGAGAGGUUUGACACGGAGCCAUGUGUGCUGGGCAGCCAGGGCUUUGCUGCGGGGAGACACUGCUGGGAGGUGGAGGUAGUCAAGGCAGGGGACUGGUGGGCCGUGGGAGUGGCCCAGGAGUCUGUCAAGAGGAAGGGGGUCCUCAGUUUUACUCCCCAGGAGGGGAUCUGGGCUGUGGGGCAGUGGUUUGGACAGUACUAUGCUUUCAGUGAUCCUGACUGGACCCCCCUGCACCUUACCUGCCACCCCAGGGCCAUCCAGGUCUGCCUGGACUUCACAGACAAGCAGGUGACUUUUGCUGAUGCUGAGAGUGAAGCCCCAAUCUUUGCUUUCUGCUUGGCCUCAUGUGCUGGGGAGAGGCUGCGCCCGUGGCUCUGGGUGGGGAUGGACUCAUGGCUCAAGCUGUGCCCCUGAUAGGGAGGGAAAUUGGGGGGGAAGGGGAGAGAUUGGAAAGGCGAAUGUCAUCACCUUGAGAUUGGUGCUGGGAGGGUCGUGCAUCCUGCUGGCUUCUCCUCAUAUGGAUCCUCUGGCCACCAAGGGGAGGACUGGCAGGUCAUGGAGCUGGAUGCCAAAACAGCCUCCUUCAGUCCCCCACCCCUCAGCUGGGACUGCAGGGACAACAGGGAGCACAGAGACCCGGUGCAGGGAGGAGCUUGGUGCCUGGUGUUCCCAUGGGAGGGACCACCACUGAGUGCCAGGGCACUGCAGAGCUGCUCUGUACGAGGCCUUGGAAAAUAUAGCAAAGUCCAGCUCCUCCAAGGGUGCUGGAGUAGUGCCCUGCCUCUGGCUUUUUUCAAUUAAGUUAAAAAACCCCAAACACAGCUGGAUACUCAUGAUAACACUUAUCUUCCCCACGCACCCAGAGCCUCUCCUUGCCUGAUGUGCACCAAGCACAUUUCUUGCAGCAGAGCACUGGUAGCAGUGCAGGAGCAUUAGUUAUGGGCAGCCCAGAAAGGAAAGCUCAGUGCUGAGCUGUGUCUGAAAUCCACAGGAGAGGCAACUCCCACAGAUCUGCCAUUUGCUGAUCUUGCCCCAUCAAGGUCCCACCUCACAGGAUCCUCCUAGAUUCUAUCCUUAGGAGAGGAGAAGGUGGAUGUAGAUGAAGGGGGACAUUGCCUGGGUCCAGCCUAGAUUUCAUCUCCAAACACUUUUCUGGUUGGACCUUCUUUAGUGCCACCUCAGUUGUCACUGUUGUGGUGGCAUCAGGACACAGGCAGCAGUAUUGGUCUUCCUUCUCUACUCCAGGAGCUGCAAGGAGCUGCACCACUGGGUCAAGCCCAGGUAUCUGCCCCCUAAGCCUCUUCCACUGUGGUAGCACCAAGACUAGGGAAACCCAGGGAUCUCUGUUCCGUGAGGUACUUCCUACUCUCCAUGGGCAGAAGCCUCAGACUGUCUUGGUUUUGCUUGGGAUAGAGUUAACUUUUCUCUUAGUAGCUCACACAGUGCUGCGUUUAGGAUUUAGGGUGACAAUAAUAUUGACAGCAACAACCAAACCAUCAGUCAUGUGGUGUUUACCCAAGCCAAGAACUUUUCAGUGUGUCAUGCUCAGCCAGCAAGGAGCUGCACAAGAAGCCGGGAGAAGCUCAGCCAGGACAGCUGACCUGAACUGUCCAGAGGGAUAUUCCACACCACAGGAUGUCUUGCCCAGUGUGUGAACUGGGGGAGCUGCCUGGAAGGGGCCAAUCACUGCUGGGGGACAGGCUGGGCACAGAUCAGUGGGUGGUGAGCAACUGUACUGGGCAUCACUUGUUCCUCUUGGGGUUUGUAUUUUUUUUUCAUUACAAUUAUUAUUAUCAUUA